AGGUUUCUGUUUUGCAUGGCAGAUGCUAAACAGUGUAAUUAUCGUUUGAUCAAUUGGAAUGUGAAGUAUUGAUCGAGUGAUGGAGAAUGUUUCCGAGCCGAAGUGGAGCGAUGGUGGACAUUCCAGAUCGUGCACUGAUUUCGGUUGUUUAAUUGUGUUCCUGGUCGUGAUACUUGCGACGGUAUUUGUUAGUGCUUUCGCUCUGGUGUACGGAAAGCCGUAUGCGUUGAAAAAUGGUGCGGACAGCUUUGGAAAUUUCUGUGGAGUGAAUAAUGCGGAUAGCAGGUUUCCACCAGCGUUUGUCAAUUUAUCGGGAUUGGAUAUGACUGACCGCAGGUACUUACUAUACUUUGAUUUGGAAAAUUUGGACGAUUCGUUGGCGAUUUGUGUACACGAUUGUCCGAGACGCAACAUUGGAUCGAUGGAUGAGCUUCUGCGAUUCUCGAAAGAGGAUCGAGGGCAUUUUUGCAUGUACGACGUUGAUUUGAGCGAAAGCCAUGGGUUGAACAUGUCCGGUGCAUUGGGGCCUUGUCCUAAAUUCCCCAUUCCAUCCAGUGCUGCUGUGCUCGGAAGGUGCGUCCCAUUAGACAAGAAAUAUGAAACGAAGUCAAUCUACAAUAUUUAUGCAUCGUUGAAUUCCGUCGAUGCGUGGAAUCAUGCCCUUGGGGAUGUCUACACCAACUGGGGUGUUGUAUCAGUGCUGGGAUUAAUCGCUGUUUUUUUGACGACCAUGAUCAUCAUACUUGCUCAUUGCUGUGGGAACCAUUUCACGUCAAUGAUAAUUUUCGCAGCGGCUGCCGUGAGUUUUGCGGGAGUUGUCAUUCUUUGGUGGGCUUACUUCUGUGCGAGAAGUGACUUGGAUUUGACGCCGGUGGACAUGCUGCUUGCGGAGCGAAUUGGAAAUGAAGAAGCCCUUCUAUUUUUCUCGAUUUUCGCUUCAUUAUUCUGUGUUGCUCUUUGGGGGCUGAUCGUUGUGCUCUUCAAGAAACGUGUGGUACUCAAUGAACUAGUGAUGGAAGCAGUGGAUUGCUUGGCUGAUUUGGGGUUUAUGUUCCGGUGUCUUUCAUUUGUGACGCUGCUGACUUUGGGACUCGUUUUCUUCCUUUGGACUUACAUUAUGCUGUGCUUGGCUACAUCCAAUGAUGUGAUGGUGCACAGUGUAGAAAAAGCUAUCGCGGAAGUCCCUCUCAAUUCGACUUUGAUCCGUUCUGCGACUGAGGAAAAUUCUUCGGGAGGAAUAGGUGUUUUGAAAGAGAUGUCAAUGCUUACGUAUACGAAGUGGAUUUGGGUGAAACAUUUUUGGUGGCUGAUGCUCAUAGCUUUGUUGUGGGUGUCCGAGUUUGUUCUGGCCUGGCAGCAAAUGGUCGUCGCAGGUGCCGUUGGUCAAUGGUUUUUCAACAGAUCGGAGAGGGAGACGACGUCGAGAUUUUCAUUCUCCUUCGGCAUCUGGCUUACCAUUUUCAAAUAUCAUUUGGGCUCUGUGGCUCUGGGAUCGUUCCUGGUGGCCACUUUCAAAUUUCCGAGGAUUUUUAUGUUUUGGAUGAAGAAACUGUUUUCGAGGUUUCAGAACAACCCGGUUGGAAAGUGUUGUUCAACAUCAAUGUGCCUCUUUUCUUCGUGCUUUGACAACUUCCUCAAGUUCGUUCAUCACAAUGCUUACACGAUUGUGGCGAUGCAAGGAGUGGAUUUCUGUCCGGCUGCCAGAGUGGCCGUGGAAAUCGUGGAGGGAAAUUCUUUGGAAACAGUCAAGGUUUUGUCCAUGAUCGGGAAUGGUCCACUUUUCUGCGCCAAAGUGGCUGUUACAACUUUGGUUUCCGCAUUCGCCUUGACUUUGCUGAAAGACAAGGAUGCCUCUGCAACGGUUUACAGUGUGCCACUGUUUGCCACUGCUGUGUUCGCAUAUUUCGUUUCUCAUUGCCUCAUCAGCGUUUAUGAGGUCAUUAUGGACACUCUGAUUCUGUGCUUCUGCGAAGAUUACACCAGGUACAAAGGAGAAGGGAGGAAGAGUAAAGGGCGGAGUAUGAGCGAAUUCGCCUGUCCUCUUAGUCUGUACAAUUUGAUGACUUUGGGUUCCAGAGGAACCCGUAGAAACAGCAUUGCUAGAAAGCAUCCGAGUGACAUAGUUUGUCAAGAAGAAAUCCUCGAAUUGAAAGUUACUGCUUGAAAUGCUACCGAUUUUUGAAUUAUUUUUGCGAGUGCUUUAAUUUUUCUGGAACCGUUUCUUAUGUUGUGCUUGUUGAUCUCCUGACAAAUCGCGCAUUUGUGGUAUUAGGAAGCUUUUACUGGACAGGUCGAUGGAAAUAAAAUUCAGCAGGAGAGUUUGAA